AUGAAUGGGGUCGAUGUGGAUGAUCGUUCAAAACAAAGACAAUACCGCUUUCAUACUGCUACAACAAGAGUAACACCAACAAUAGCAACAACAGCUACAACAACAACAAUAACAGCAACAACAACAACAACAACAACAAUUGCUACAACAGCAGCAGCAAUAACAGCAACAACAACGUCACCAAUAAUUCGAAUUCAAGGAUUACCAAAAAGUAAUGGUUGUGAUGAGAAGCGAGGUAUUCUGCGAAGUCUUUCAUUUCAGUUCAGUAGAUCAUUAAAUCGUGGCAAACGUCGAAUAGCUGAUGUAUUCGAUAGUUCAGAUGAAGCGGAACAACAAGGCGCAUUUGGUUUACGAGGUUGUAAGCCAAAUCGUCUUGAAUUAGCCAUAUUUUUCGUGUUAAAAGAAUGCUUUCUUGUUUAUUAUAAAGUAUCGGAGAAAAAAAUAUUUGAAAAAACAAGACGAAUGAAUUUACAUCCAAAGGGAAUAGUUCCACUUGUUGGUUGUUCCGUAGUAGCUGGUCAAGAUCAUGGACAUAAGAAUUGUUUAUUGAUAACACAUACACAAUUUAAAUCAGCUAUUAUUGUUUGUGCACCAGAUUCAAAAGUCCAAGAAAGUUGGUUGACAGCCUUACGUGAUGCUACAAAAAUUUCUUAUAAAAAUACUACAUCAUGGGAAAAAUUAGUGGAAGAAUUGGAAAGUCGUGGUGUAUUAUUAAGUGAGGAAAAGAAAAUGUAUGAAGAGAAAUUGUUAGCAGAAGCGCAAGCACGACGAGAAGAACAUAGUCGAUAUUUGUGUCUUGAAAGAGCAAAAGAUGAAUUAGAACGGGAACGUGAACGAUUAAUUCGAAUGACGAAGAAAUUAAAGGAUGAUUUGCAAAGCGUAAAAAAUGAAUUGAAAAUUACGAAUGAAACGAAACGAACAUUGGAACAGGAGAAAAUUUCUUUAAAUGCUAAAACUGAGCAUCUUGUCAGUAAUAUGCAGUCACUCAAUUUGGAAAAAACAAAAAUUGAAGAGCAAGUAUCAACAAUAAUUCGAGAACGUGAAAAAUUUUUACUUGAAAAUCAAAAUUUGUCGACUGCGACAUGUCAAUUGAAAAAUCGAUUAAUGGAAAUUGAAACAAAAACGAAUUGCAUUUUAGCGGAAAAGGAACGUGUUGAAGCAAUGCUUCGUUUAAAUGAAAAAAAAACAAAUGAUUUGGAGAAAGAAAGAGAAUAUUACAAUAGUCAAACAAUGGAACUUUUAAAUUCAUUGAAGGAAGUAAGUGAACAACGUGAUAUAACAGAAGCUGAAUUAAAAGAUGAAGUAAUGGCACGAAUUGGUGCCGAAAAACAACUUCAAGCUGCCGAAAAAGCUCUGGAACAUUUAGAAACAGCAUUAAAAUUAACUGGAGCGCAAAUGAGCGAAUUACAGGAACAUAUCAUGCCUGAUGUUCAUAAAUUACGAGAAUUUUUUGAACAAUGUGCUGAAAUAUCUAAAAUGGAUGCAAAUCGACCUAUUAUUAUGCGAAAUGCUAUACAUGCACGUCGUUCGUUGAGACGUAACAAAACACGUGUACGUGGCUCAAUCCGACGUAAACUAGCACCAGCUAUCACUAUGCAAUCGACGUUUACAACAGGAUGCGAUAAUACUGAAAUGCCAAAUCCGGAAGAACCAAUACCAAAAAUUGAACCAAAUAGUCUAAUGCAUCUAUGA